AUGUCUAUCUUAAUUACUGGUGCCGGUGGUUACGUCGGACAAGAACUGGCCGCUGCUUUCCUCGCUCAAACGCCCUCCUCCACUACAGUUACGAUCACCGAUGUUGUCCAGCCCGCAGUUCCCAAGUCUGCAACACAGCAUGCCGAUCGCCUGAACUGCGUACGCGCAGAUCUCACCUCACCGAAAGAGGUAGACGAAUUAAUUAGCACCUCGCACCCCUAUGAGACAGUCUACCUUCUUCAUGGAAUCAUGUCCAGCGGCGCGGAGGCGAACUUCGAGCUAGGAACUCGAGUCAACCUCGAUUCAACACGAUACAUUCUUGACCGACUACGCACUACCAUGCCCGGCGUGAAAGUAGUCUUCACAUCUUCCCUCGCCGUCUACGGACUUGCGCCACCCGGGCUCCUCCCCGACGAAUUCAAUUUCCCGCCCGUACCUUCAACCUCCUAUGGGUCACAGAAGUUAAUAAUCGAGACCCUGGUAACUGACUACUCUCGUCGUGGGUUCAUUGAUGGCCGCUCAGUGAGACUUCCAACCGUAACCGUUCGCGCGGGUGCCCCAACACAAGCUGCAAGCAGUUUUGCAAGCGACAUUAUUCGCGAGCCGUUUCAUGGGAAGAAAGCUAUUUUGCCAGUCAAGAGGGACGUUGAGAUGUGGAUUUGCUCGCCGCAUACUAUUGUUAAGAACUUAAUUCAUGCACGCGACGUCCCUGCCGAGGACUUUGGUAUCUCGCGCUCUGUCAAUCUUCCUGGGUUGAAGGUUAAUGUGCAGCAGAUGCUGGAUGCGCUGGAGGCUGUUGGUGGUAAGGAGCGCCGGGCUCUGGUUGAGGAGAAGUAUGAUGCUGCUGUUGACAAGAUUGUGCAAACGUGGACACCUGAGUUCUCUAAUGAGAGAGCGUUCAAGCUUGGGUUUUCACCAGAUAUCUCCAUGGAGGAAAAUGUGAAGCACUUUGCUAGUGCAUUUGUAUGA